AUGUCGCGCGUGUUUGCGCCACCUAAUCCUCCAUACCGUAUUCGGUCGAAAUUCCUUGCUACCCGCCAGGGUAAGAAGGAGUUACUGGACUAUGUCCAAGAGGUGAGAACUCUAAUCGCCGGGAUGGCGGCAGAUCCUCUUCCGGAACUGGUCACAGUGACCGUAUUCAUGGAGGGACUCCGCGUGAGCGCAGCUCGAACAGAAGUAUUCCGUGUACACCCGACCUCUUUCGAGGAGGCGGUGGACGUGGCAUUGAAUGCCGAACACAACUUCAGGUCGGCUCGACCUGGUUUGAGCGCUGGUAGCGUGAGUUCUUCGAGGGGUCCGGAACCGAUGGACCUCAGCUAUGCUGAAGAUGAAGAAGCGGAACAUCUUGCUGCGAAGCAGCGUGCCGGCAUCCGCCAAUGCUUUCUGUGCAAAAGCACCAAGCAUCCGAGGGCGAAUUGUCCUCUGCGCUUCAAGCGCCAGGCUCCGGCUAGCCAACCCUCCGGGUCAUCGCCGGGAAACGGAAACUCCCAAGGGCGACGGGGCUCAGCCCCGAAGAGAGCUGGGCUCUCUUAUGAGAAGAAUGUGCGCAAACCAGGCUUGCUAGUCAUUCAAGUAAACGUGAGGGGCUUUGCAAAGCCGUGGAGAGUCUUGAUUGACUCGGGAGCUUCGGGCAACUAUGCUCGUCGCUCCACCCUGGAAGGGAGUCAGCUGUAUGCUGAGGCACUGGAAGUGCGAACGCGAGAUGAAAUCUUAGUCCGUCUUGCGACGGGGACACUUGUGACGGUGUCGAAGGUCUCUGUUGACCUUAAUGUGAACUUCUUAGACUUCGAUAGCGUGGAACGCUGUUUGGCCUUAGACCUGGAUUCGAGGUAUGACCUCAUCUUGGGCAUGGCAUGGCUUGAGCGCCAUGAGCCAUGGAUCGACUGGAAGUCGAAAACACUCGGUGCUACGCGUCCUUCUCCUAGUGGAGCCUUGGUGAGUCAUGAACCCACCUCUGCUAGGAAGCAGAAGCGCUACUGGCGCGAGCACGAGGCCGAGGCAGCCGUGGUGCUGGACAUUGGUAUGUCGGAACUUAUUUACAACGAGGUUGUUGUUUGUCCUGGUGAGGACGAGCGCGGAGUGGCGCGUAACCCACUGAGUGGUAUGGAUCCGGUCGAAGACCUACCGUUGCGGGGCCUGAGGGCCGCGGUCGACUGCGAGUCGAUGCAUCGUGGGCAAGACCUAAAAGAUGCAGGUGUAGUGACACCGAGAUCACUGAGUAAGGGUCAUGGACCGCAUGGCCCUGAGCCGAGUGUCUCGCGAGACACUGUUUUCUCUUCGAGGAGCGUUGGUGCUGCUGCACCCGGUGGUGGUAACGGAUAUGUCACCACACCACUCUCGUCCAGCCGAGCUCGGUCGCGGAGGGAGAGGAGAAGAAGACGCAGGGCGUCUGUGAUGUCUUUGGCGUCGGACAAGGUGUCCAACGUGACGAGCAGCGAGGCUCCACGUGAUUGCUGUGAUCAGCUGUACACACUCGUGAACGGAAGCUGGACGGGAUGUCCGUCGCCGAGUUUGGCGAGGCCUUGA